AUGUCAGGCUUUGGUAAUACCGAAGCCGGCAUCAGUGAUGCAUCAUCAUUCAAUGAACUUGAUCAAUCUGUGUUUAACUCCAAGGCCCAAUCUAAUGCAUCAUUCAAACAGGCCCAGCCUGAUGCAUUGUCAGGCUUUGGUAAUACCAAAGCUGGCAUCAGUGAUGCAUCACUCAAUGAACUUGAUCAAUCUGUGUCUAACUCCGAGGCCCAGCCUGAUGCAUCACUUGCGCAGGCUCAACUUCACGCAUCAUUUGAUUGGCACAACAUUAGUACACUGCCUCCCGAUCCAACUAGUGUGCCUGGGAUGAAUGAGGUGUUCGGGUCAUCGUUUUCUCAUGCUGAUCUUAUAGCAAUGGGGUUUUUGGGUGGCGGUAGCACCAUGCCGAACCCAUUUCCCCCAGCAUUCAGCUCAUUAGCACCCUCACUCACUGAUACUAGGAGUACUGUACCAGGAUACUAUGACGUGCAACAUGACACGCAAUACAGCAUGCAUAUGUGGAAUUUCAGCAACCUUGAUUUGCAGGGGUGGGAGAUGCCUAGCCCAUCCUCAUUCUUGAGCUCCCCAAUUUCUGCCGAGCGCACCACCACCACAACUGAACAGGAUGAGGUUCUUCCUCACUUUACUCGUCAGUCACCCAUUCUUCCGGCAGCAAAUCAUCCUGCAGAUGACAGCACGGAAGACCUUGACAGCAUUCAUACUGGUGCUGGUCUUCCUAAGUCUAAGCACAAGCACAAGUCGAAGCUCCCGGCUGCCAAAGUCAAUUGCAAUCCUGCUAUAGAACCCACCCCCACCAUCACACCCAUGAACACGGCCAAACCCAAGGCCAAACCCAAAGCAAAACCUCUCACCAAGUCUGGUGUGGUAACAGAGACAUCACACGCUACUGCUGAUGAAGGCAAUAUGUUGGGUCAUUUGACUGCCCCUAAUACCACUAUGAAACAAAAUCCAGCGGUUGAUAUCGAUGCAGCUCCUCAUGUAUCAAAGCAAAUUCCAAUCAAGUCCAGGUGGAAUGAUGUCGCUGACACUAUCGGGUCAGAUGGUUUGACGUUCAUUGGUAUUGGUUGUUAUGCCGAAGUAUAA